UUCUGUUGUGCGCCAUUAUUUAUACUUAACUAAAGAUAUUGAAGGCUUGAACACUGCUUCAUCUCUGUUGUCCCGGGUUGAAUGUGCCCCUCUGACAGAACACUUGGCCCCAGCCAGGCCCCCCCAGUGAUGAUGGUCUAGAACCACCACUACAUGAGAACAUGAACAUCAUCACUGCUGCCCCCUGCUGCAGGAUCCUGCGGCCCCCUGCUGCCAUCUAGCGGUGACGUGCUGCUCCGCCAAACAUCCUGCACAUAAUAGGACACACCUGUUGAUCUGUAAUUCAUGUGACUGCCAACUGAGUGCGCGUUGCACAGUCAGAUCAAGACUUUGCUUUUGUUAACACCGACAGUGUUCGUCUACAAUGAAGAAGAUAAGGGGCGUGAAGGACAACAACCCCAUGUGGAGACUGUAUGCCUUUGAGAAGCAGGCUGGCUCGUGGCUAUCAGAUCAAAAACACUUACAAACACUAAGUAGUCCACAUUGAUUGACACACCAAACCACCUGCGCGCUCAGAGACGACGUGAAAUCUCAAGUGAGAUCAGCAAUUCUCCAAAAUCCCCCCUCAUGUCGUCUGGAAUGAAAUGUCGCAGAUAAGUCAGACCACACCAUCAGCUGUGACUGGAGGUUUCCCUGUGACCACUUUGACUUUAGUCGUCCUUCUGCUCAUACCCUGUGUGGUCAUUCUGCUGCUGCUCAACUGCCUGUUCCUGGGUUACAAGUUAUUGAUCCUGUCAAAGAGCAACAGACAGAUGCGAGAGGGCGCAGAGGAGAUGCUUCUGCAGUCCAACCUGCAGACAGUCAGAAGAGUCUCCGACGUGGCUUUCCCCUCGCUGCAGGACGCGAGGAGAGCUUAUAUGUCUCUAUCGGAGCCGAUCCUGCCCCAUCCUGUCACCUCCUCCAGGGCUUCAUCCAGGGAGAGGGCCGGGGUGGAUCACAGGAUCCGGCUCCUGAGGCCAGAUGGUGCCACCGGCUCAGGGUCCCUGAGGGCGCCGAGCAGCAUCCGGGCCCCCUCCUCCGCGGCGGGGUUCAUCCCGAGGCUCCACCUGCCCUCCGGCUCACGGACCUGCAGCACCAGUACAGCGCGAUGGUGUCAAAGCGCACCAGUUUUACCGCAGUCCAGUGACUCAGAGGCUGAAACCAGAGUGGACCUUGUUCCGCCAAAUUCUCCAAUGCAGGAGGCAGAACAUGUGGCUCAUCUUCGUCGGAGCAGUACUUACGAGAUGCUGAGCGACGUGAACCCCGGGCUCGCACUGCUUGUGUUUGACAAAGUGGACAUGGAGUGCGAGUUCAGCAGCCCGCCUUCAGAGGCGUCCUGCCUCAACUCGUCUGCAGUGGGACCAGGACUGGACAGCGACUUUGGUGCCAGUGCAGGUACAUCUCCUUCAGCUGCACUAACACGAGUUACUCGUCCGCCGCUGCUGGUUUGUUUGCAUUAUUGUGUGUCUCUGCGGAUCCUGUCCGCAGACAGUGACGGUCUGUCCAACGGCGUCCUGUCUUCAGCGCUGGAGUGGGACUACUACGACCCCUGCUAUGUGAAACAGAACAACGUGCACAAACACAAACACCACAGACCUGCCGUGCACAGCAAACAGUACUGGGUGUAACGUUUUUAAUGUUCAUUUAUCUUUUUAUUACUUAUUUAAAUAACCUUUUGAGUGUUUUAGUCUUCAUUUAUUAAGUGUCACUAACAAUCACAAUGGUUUGAUAAGAAUGCACUCCGCCACUCGAUUUGUGAAAUGUUUCCUUUGGCACCUUCACUCGUGUUGUAAUGAAAAUGUUUAUUUUGCACUUCUUCACUUGUAUUAAUCUAAUUUAGUUCACUAUCUUCAUGUCAACAGGUCUGUUCAGCAUUUCAUAAACACUCACAUUAAGAUUUAUAUUUACUGCUAUUGAUUUAAAUGUUUUGUUCUGAGUAAUAAAGACUAAUUUAG